AGAUCAGAAAUGUUGACCUGCAUUGCGUGUUCCAAGCAGCUUAAUGACAAGAGAUCUCUUCCCCAACAAGAUGAGCACGAAGAAGCUGGGAAUACACCCAGCACCAAGCAGGCCAUUAAGGCCCUCACCGCGCAGAUCAAGGACAUGGCGGUGAAGGCUUCUGGGCCAUAUAGAAAUUGCAAGCCUUGCUCAGGAUCUUCAAAUGGUAACAGGAACCAUAACCAUGCUGAUUCUGAUAUGGCUUCAGAAUCAGCGAGAUUUCACUGGGCUUACAAAAGGACUGGUAGCUCCAACUCAACCCCCAGGCUUUGGGGAAAGGAGAUGGAGGCAUAA